AUGGUACCUUAUAGAAAUCCAUACGUCAACUACAUACGAAGAAAACCAUUGGCACUUUUGGCGCCAAUUACGAUUCUCCUUUUCAUCUACUUUUUCCUAUUUGGAUCUUCAUCUGUAUCGUCACCCAAAACAACUCCCAAAUACAGCUAUGACAGGAAAUCAAAAUCAUGGUUCACCUCCAACAAUAAAGAUUCAGUAAUGGUGAAGAAUUUGCCAAAGAAUCAUAUAUCCCAUUACGACUUGAAUAAAUUAUCUUCAUCAUCCGAUGCGUUGGCCAAGAAGGAAGAAGUGUUGAUUUUAACUCCAAUGACAAAAUUUUUACCUGAAUAUUGGGAAAAUUUGAACAAGUUGACUUAUGAUCACUCAUUGAUUUCUUUGGGUUUUAUAUUCCCAAGAACAGAGGAAGGUGAUGAAGCAUUGAAGAAUUUAGAAACAGCGUUGAAAAAGAGUAAAGCUAGUAAUACAUUGAACUUUAAGAAGGUUACCUUGUUGAGACAAGAUUCAAACUCCUUGGGAAGUCAGUUGGAAAAGGAAAGACACGCAUUCAAGGUACAGAAAGAGAGAAGAUCAAUGAUGGCAUUGGCAAGAAACUCAUUAGUAUUUUCCACCAUUUCACCUUCUACAUCUUGGAUCUUGUGGUUGGAUGCCGAUAUUGUUGAAACACCCCCAAACUUGAUCCAAGAUUUGGUGGCCCAUAAUAAGCCUGUGUUAUCGGCAAACGUGUAUCAAAGGUACUACGAUGAAGAGAAACAACAACAAUCAAUCAGGCCGUAUGAUUACAACAAUUGGGUUGAAAGUGAGGAAGGUUUGAAAUUGGCGGCUGGUUUGGGUGAUGACGAAAUUAUUGUUGAAGGAUACUCGGAAAUGGCCACGUACAGAGCUUUAAUGGCUCACUUUUACGAUCCGAAUCAAGAUGUCAAUACGGAAAUGGCCUUGGAUGGGGUUGGAGGUGGUGCAGUAAUGGUCAAGGCUGAUGUUCAUAGAGAUGGAGCUAUGUUCCCAUCGUUCCCAUUUUAUCAUUUGAUUGAAACUGAAGGAUUUGCAAAAAUGGCGAAGAGGUUGGGAUAUGAAGUGGUUGGUUUACCAAAUUACUUGGUGUAUCAUCAUAAUGAGUAG